AUGCUGAAGCCUUCACUGAGCCUAUUUGGCCAGCAGCAGCCACUGUUCCAGCCAAUGCCUCCUACACAUACCCUUGGACCCCCUCCACAGACCCUUGGACCCCCUCCACAGACCCUUGGACCCCCUCCACAGACCCUUGGACCCCCUCCACAGACCCUCAGACCCCCUCCACAGACCCUCGGACCCCCUCCACCAGUAGUAGUGACCCCGGACCCCCUCCGUUUCCCCCUCUCCAGUCUUCUGUCUGCCAAACCUCCCGCUCACCUCCAGCUGGUGCAGGGGCCCCCCUGCCCUGUCCCACCUUCCACUGCCCAGGCGACCCUCAGCAGCAGGCCCCAGGAGAAAGAUGCUCAGAUCGGGGCCCCAGACCAGGACGCUACCUUGGAGGAGCUGUGUAAGCCUCUGUACUGCAAACUGUGCAACGUCACCCUCAAUUCUGCUCAGCAGGCACAGGCCCACUACCAGGGAAAAAACCACAGUAAGAAGCUGAGAAAUUUCUAUGCAGGGAGCCAGCAGUCACCUGCCAUCAGGAUUCCGGAGCCGGUGUCAUUCAUGGGUGCCAGCAGGGUGAUCUUAGCCACGGAGAACGACUACUGCAAGCUGUGUGAUGCCUCGUUCAGCUCCCCUGCCGUGGCUCAGGCACACUACCAGGGCAAGAACCAUUCCAAGAGACUGCGGCUGGCUGAGGCCCAGCAGAGCAGUAGCAUCCUAGAGUCGACUGAGUGUGUCCAGAGGCGUCCGAGGAAAGAGGGGAGCGAGUACAGGUUUAUCAAGAACCGUAGGACCCCACAGUUGCCUAUUGCCCACCACAGUGGAGGCCCCUACUACAACCCCCGGCCCAGGCAGAGGAUCCCCAGGGACCUGGCCAUGUGUGUGACGCCCAGCGGCCAGUUCUACUGCUCCAUGUGCAACUCUGGGGCCAGUGAGGAGGCCGACUUCCGCCUUCACCUGGAGAGCAAGCAGCACAAGAGCAAGGUGUCGGAGCAGCGCUACCGCAGCGAGAUGGAGAAUCUGGGCUACACUUAG